AUGAAGAGCCGGCGGCGGCGGCGCAGGGAGCACUGCAAGUUCGCGCUGCUGCUGCUGCUCUACACGCUGGUGCUGCUGCUCAUCCCCUCCGUGCUGGACGGCGGCCGCGACGGCGACAAGGGCGCCGGGCACUGCCCGGGCCUGCACCGCAGCCUGGGGGUGUGGAGCCUGGAGGCGGCGGCGGCCGGAGAGCGGGAACGGGGCGCGGAGGCGGCGGCCGAGGGGCCAGCGGGCCGGCCCCCCGGGUCCCCGGGCAACCUGAGCCGCGCCGUCGGGGACGCGGCGCCGGGGGAGAAGCAGCACAUCUACGUGCACGCCACCUGGCGCACCGGCUCGUCCUUCCUGGGGGAGCUCUUCAACCAGCACCCCGACGUCUUCUACCUGUACGAGCCCAUGUGGCACCUGUGGCAGGCGCUGUACCCGGGGGACGCCGAGAGCCUGCAGGGCGCGCUGCGCGACAUGCUGCGCUCGCUCUUCCGCUGCGACUUCUCGGUGCUGCGGCUGUACGCGCCAUCGGGGGACCCCGCCGCGCGCGCCCCGGCCUCGGCCAACCUCACCACGGCCACCCUGUUCCGCUGGCGGACCAACAAGGUCAUCUGCUCGCCGCCCCUGUGCCCCGGCGCCGCCCGCGCCCGCGCCGACGUGGGGCUGGUGGAGGACGCGGCGUGCGAGCGCAGCUGCCCGCCCGUGGCCCUGCGCGCCCUGGAGGCCGAGUGCCGCAAGUACCCGGUGGUGGUCAUCAAGGACGUGCGGCUGCUGGACCUGGGCGUGCUGGUGCCGCUGCUGCGCGACCCGGGCCUCAACCUCAAGGUGGUGCAGCUGUUCCGGGACCCGCGCGCAGUGCACAACUCCCGUCUGAAGUCGCGCCAGGGGCUGCUGCGGGAGAGCAUCCAGGUGCUGCGCACCCGCCAGCGCGGCGAUCGCCUCCCCCGCGUGCUGUUGGCGCCCGGCCCGGGCGGCCGGCCCGGGGGCGCCCCGUCCCGCGCGCUGCCCGCCGCGCCCCGCGCCGACGUGUUCCUGAGCGGCGCGCUCGAGGUGAUCUGCGAGGCCUGGCUGCGGGACCUGCUGUUCGCGCGCGGGGCGCCCGCCUGGCUGCGGCGCCGCUACCUGCGGCUGCGCUACGAGGACCUGGUGCGCCAGCCCCGCGCGCAGCUCCGCCGCCUGCUGCGCUUCGCCGGCCUCCGCGCCCUGGCCGCGCUCGACGCCUUCGCGCUCAACAUGACGCGCGGCUCGGCCUACGGCGCCGACCGGCCCUUCCACCUGUCGGCGCGGGACGCCCGCGAGGCGGUGCACGCGUGGCGCGAGCGCCUGAGCCGCGAGCAGGUGCGCCAGGUGGAGGCGGCCUGCGGCCCGGCCAUGCGGCUGCUCGCCUACCCCCGCAGCGGGGAGGAGGGCGACGCCGAGCCCACCCCGGACGAGGAGGCGCCAAGGGAGGUGGAGGCCGAUGGGGCCACGUAG